AGGUCAACACGUGGAUCAACAAAAUGACACAAGAUAACUCUUCUGAGCUAGGACCCCGUAGGACCACCAACAACAUGAAAAUUUUUGCUGAAGAGAUAAGGAAAAUGUGGCAACUCUUGUUUUCUUGACCCCAGCUAAAAUGAAGAAGCAGAAUUGACAACAACAAAGAGUUACACUUUCACCAUAAUGCUAAUUUGUGGCCCUGGUGCUGCCUUUUGUGUCAGAACUUCAUUGUACUGUGUCAACAGCAAUAGCCGCAACAACAUUGCCAGCAAAAGUAAAAGCUACCUCACCAGAUACAGCCGCAGAUGCCACCUGGCAUCUAGCUUCCUUGCGGCUGCUGCUCUUUUGGUCUCUGCAGCUGGGGCUGCUGACGUACCCCAAGAUUCAGAAACUCUGUCCAACAUACCCCAAACGCUUUCAGGAGAGUGUGCAUCCUCCAAAGACUGCAAGAAACCUAGAAUCCAGCGACCAAAGUCUAGGAAGGCUGAGUCAUGCACUACCAAAUGUCUCGCCACUUGCAUUAGAGGUGGUGUAGGCUCUCCUGGAGAAGGUCCUCUCAAUAUCAGAAGACCUUUAGUGGUUUUCAAGGAAGGAUUUCGAAGUCGCAAGUACUGCUUGGUGGAGUGUUCCGAUAUUUGUAAUUUGAUUGGAGAUGAGGAUUAUGGACCUUGAAUUGUAUAUGAUUUUGAUGCUGCAAUGUGACAGGAAUUUUCAUUUAUUCAUUCUUGACUCAAUCUUUUGAUCA